GUAGUCGGUUGUUUCGCCGUUCCAGUUCUGCCUCUCCGUAGUCCAGCCUUUGCUGAUGUUUGAUCGGUGUUAGUCAAGCGGUUUGAGGCCUGUGGAAGGAUGACAUGUUUCCUGAGCUGCUGUAUUCACCCUGGGGGCAGGGACUCGUACGAUGUGCCAGACCCCCCGAGCGGCAAGCCGCGCGUCUCCAACAUCACCCAUGACUCUCUGACGCUGUCGUGGCAGGAAGUCCCCCGCAAACCCGCAGCCGGCAUCACAGCUUACAUCGUCGAGAUAUGGAAGGCAAGCGAAAGACGAUGGCGGUCUGAGUCGAUCGUGUUUGGGACAAACUACACGGUAAAGAACCUACAGCCGAUGUCUGGGUACAUGUUCCGUGUGCGCGCCAAGAACGCGUACGGCGCCAGCGAACCCGGCGAAGUCACGGAUCCCGUCGUCACCAAGGAGAAGAAGACAGAUAGCGACCUCCCCUUCAAUCCCAGGCAGGUCAAAGUUCGUAAGGACAUUGUGGAGAGGUUUUAUGAUGUCAACGAGGUCGUUGGAAGAGGAAGGUUUGCCACCGUGCAGCGGUGUCUGGAGAAGCUGUCUGGCCGGCUGCUGGCGGCGAGAACUGUCCGCCUCGACACGGCCGAGCAGCGCGAGAAAAUCCUGCGGGAGGUGGAGAUGAUGCAGCAGCUGCAUCAUGGGAAACUGCUACAGCUGUACGACGCCUUCGAGCUGGACAGCAAAAUCACCCUGGUGCAGGAGUUCCUGGAAGGUGGUCCGCUGAUGGAGCGUCUUCUGGAGCCUGAGUUCACCCAGACGGAGCGGGAGGCCGCCAUCUUCAUCCAGCAGGUGUGCGAGGGGCUGCAGUAUAUGCACGGCCAGCAGGUGGCGCACCUGGACCUGCGGCCGGAGAGCGUGAUGUGCGCCGACAGGACGGGGUGUAGCAUCAAGCUCCGCAACUUCGGCAGCGCGCGCCGCCUGCAUCCGCGGGAAAACAUCAGAGUGAAGUUUGAGGCUCCAGAGUUCUGUGCUCCAGAGGUCGUGAACUUUGGGGUCAUCUGGUUUGCUGCUGACAUGUGGAGCUUGGGGGUCAUGACCUAUCUACUGCUGUGCGGAGUUUCUCCGUUCGCGGGGAAGUCGGACCUGGCGACCUUACGGAACAUCAUCCGCGGGAACAUCGACAUGACGCGGGAGGGAGUCAGCAAGAGCUCUGAGGAGGCCAGGGACUUCUUAAGGGGGCUGCUGGCACAGAGCAAGGAGGCGAGGUACACCAUCGAACAGUGCCUCCAGCACAGGUGGCUACAGAGGGACAGGAAGAGCCCAGGGAACUACGUCGUGCCUAAACAGAACAUCAAGGACUUCAUGGCAAGGAGAAAAUGGCAGAAAAUGAGAGCCAUGAAACAGCUGGAGGCCCAGGGCAGUUCGCUGCAGGGUUUUUCAGGUGCCCGCCCCCUCGGCCAGAUCACGCGCACUGCCUCUGUGUCCAGCAUUGAUUCUGGUUUGGAUAAAGGACCCGAUGCCAAGCUGAAGAAAUCUGCCUCUAUUCAGGAUGUCACCACAGAGAAAGCCGGGCACCCGAACGGGCCUGCUGCUGGGCAACACAAGACGACCCUAACAGUUCCGAGGCCCCCGCUGGUGAAGUCAAGGACGAUUGAAGGGACAGCGCCAACAGAACCUGCGACCCCGCCCCAGCUUGCCGUGGUACAAACGAAAGAAGCAGCGAAAAUCGAAGUACCGAAAAUUGUCAGCACCCCGACGUCAAAAAGAGCAGAACUUUUGCCUCCCGAUGUCCGCAGACCAGGACAGCUUUCUAAGUCAAGAUCGUUCGACGUCUCUUCAUCACAGCCUCAAAUCCAGGUGUCUAAGAUGCCCUCAGGGUCACAGCAAGUGCCUCAAAGUCAAGUCUCAGGAGGGCUUCUUAAACAAGCGUCGGCUGACGAUGCCUUCAUGCCUCCGUCUCAAGACGUGGUUGCCAGGACGACGACCCUUCCACGCAGAGAGCGACCCCACUCCAUGGUUAUCGAGCCAGCCUACCCCCCACCCCCGCAGAAGCAGAGACCUCUAAGUGACAGCGGGAGCUGGUUGCCGUCGGCGAUGGUCGCGCCCGUCAGUCCACGAGGAGGAAACGUGAGUCCGGCAAAAGUCACGGUCAUGUCCGGCCCGCUGCGGCCGGUACAGAAGUCAGCCUCGUUCGAGGUCAUGGGGGUCGGGCGGGGUCAGACUCCAAGCCCAACUCCUGCAAAAAUCACCGUCAUCGCUAGCCCUGGUCCGAUGAAAUCACCCACGGGGCAUUUCUUCUCCCAAAGCCGUGACGAAAGCCCCGGUUCCGCUCAGCCUCCUCCGAAAAUCGAUCAGAAGGUUCCGCUGGACGUGCAGAAGCCGCAGACCGACCGUCAGCUGAAGACGCCGAGCCCCAAACGGCCGCGUACGCCGAGCCCCGCUCGUGUCGUGGUCACCUCUAGCCCCACUCCAACCGGCAGCCCUGCGACAUCGCCAAGGGAAGGACACCCGCCCAGCGCCAAGGUGCAGAAGUCAGGAGAACCACUCCCACAAACCAAACAGCAAAAACCUGAGAUUCAAAAACCAGAGACUCAAAAACCUGAGACUCAAAAACCUGAUGCAAAACAGCAAAAGGAGCCCUUUGCCAGCCGUCAGAAAUCUCGCACGUCGCCCACCAAACUCAUGAAACAAAAGGCUGUGUCAAGCCGGCUCCAGAAACCAACGCUCGAAGACCCCAACAUAAGCAAACCUGCACAGCCAAAAGUCGAAAAACCAAAGGCACCACCACCUCCUGCAAUUUCUGAAACUCCCCGCACCAAGCCACCUCCUCCUACCAUAACUGAAACUCCCCCCUCACCUGGCUCACCGUCCAUGGCCUCUCCUUUCAGUUUCAAAAAAGCUGCCAUAUUGAAAGACAAGCCGUUGUCAGAUCGUGCCAAGUCUUCUCCUUUCACCAAGGAAAAGGAAGCUGACGUCUACAAAGACAUGCCUCCUCUGGAGCAAACCAAACCAUCUGUUGCGAUGGAAACAAAACCUGCACCAAAAGAUACCAAAAAGAAAGUCGCCCCAUCCGUGCCAAAAUCAGUGCCUGCUGUACCCGUAAGCAAACCUUCUAUAGGACAAACCAAACCAAGCGUGCAGCCAAAAACACCCCAAGUGCCACAAACUACGAAAAAGGAGGUGUCAAAACCAACCUCUCCAGCUCUGAAACAUGUCUCCAAAGUGCCCUCCAAGAUUCCAGACGAGAGAAAAGCAGAGGAGAAGAAGACAUCUCGAACAGAAGUGCCCAAAAUGAAAGUUUCCUUCUCAGUGGAGGAGAAAGGACCGACGCCUGCACCAGGAAGGCUGGCCGUACCAAAACUUGUCAAAGCAAAGUCGCUCGACGAUCGCUCCACAGUCGAAGCCAGGAUGUCCAAGCCUCAGCUUCUCAAGAAAUCCUCCUCCUUCGAUGCUCCGGAUGAUAAGUCUCCUCUGGAGAUCAUCCUCCAGAUGAGGAAGGGUCUAAGACCUGUCAAGAAGCAGCCAGUGAGAGCGCCGCUGGUCCACUCCAAGUCGGUUCCUGAUGAGCUGAGUCAGAUCACGCAGAAGAUCCGAGGGGUGACGACAAAAGGCGGCGCCGAGAAACCAACUCCCGUCAAACCUACUCCCACUCCUACAUUACGUAAAUCUGCCUCGCUGGACCUCCCACGGAUAACCGUGAUCGAAAAACCGUCUCUGCAACCGAUCAGGGAGAAGCCGGAAACCCCGCCGUCUACACCGCCAAAGCCGAAGGUACACGUCGUUGCUGACCGCAUGAAAGUGUCGCCAAGCAAAGAGGCCGAAACGAAAGCACCAGAAAAGUUCAAACCUCUCUUCGUGCGCAAAGCGGAACCACCGAGCCAACUGAGGAUUCCUCCUCACGUAAAGAAGCAGGAAGAGAAAAAAGAGCGUCCGGAGCUGAGCGAAGCACCUUCGGUCCUACAGCGUGCCAACCUGGCCAUCUUCAAACAGGCCAAGCCUCUCAAGUUUAAGAAAACUCCAUCCAUGGAGGAGGCUGAGAGAGUGGAGCAACCCAAAGAGCGACGAAGGGCGCCGUUUGCCGAGUUGAGAAAGGUGCCCUCUGUGGAGAGAAGACAAGAGGAGCUAGAACAGAAAACUAAGGUAGAAAAGAGAGUAUCUGUCGGUACAGAGAAACAGAAGGUGGUAGAGAAAAGACCGCCAACAGAGGCGGGGAAGGAACUGGGCGUGGGGAAGGGACCAGACGCAGCUGUGCCAAAGCUCGAGAAGGCUGCACCUGAGGUGAAGGAGAAAAAGGUGGAUGAAAGAAAGGCUCCUGAAGUGGCAAGAAGAAAGAAAGGGGUGGAAGAAGUUAAGAAGGCUCCAGAGGUUCCUAAGAUGGAGAUUGCAGCUCCUCAAGAGGCAAAGAGAAGUCCAGAAGCUCCACGGAGGGAGGCAGGGUCUACCCCAGCCAUCUCCACUGUGCCUGCAGAAGUAAGGAGAUCCACGGAGUUGGUGUCUGUGGUGAUCACGGCUUCAGCACAGCCUGAAGAAGUGCUCCCAGCUGUAUCACAGGUGACGGAGAGAGUAGUAGUGCCGCCUCAAGCAAGACCGGCUUCCAUCGCUCCCGCUGUUCCAGUUGCCAUGGCAACAGAGAAACCAGCUGAGGAGAAGGCUAGGGAGCCAGUACCGAAACCAGUUCCUCCCAAGAGAGAGGUGGUGAAACCAUCUCCAUUAUUAUUAGGGAAGGUUGAAGAAGUUGAGAAAGUCUCUCCUAAGACAUCCCCAGUGGCUAAGAUGUCUCCACCAGCUAAGAUGGUUCCUGAGAGGACCCCAACACCUCCUCCGUCCCCUAAGAAGUCACCCGUAGCUAAGAUGGCACCCGGUUCACCCCAACCACCUGUGGAACAGCCGACUCCCCCAUCGGCUCAAGUGGUUGCAUCCAUACAGAAGGAACCAGAACCAGCGCCAGCUACGAGGAAGGAACCACCCGAGGUCACAAUUAUGGCUGAAGAGGUCAAGAAACCGGUGGCCAAAAUAGAACCUGUGCCCCAGGAGGCGGAGGUCAGAGGUCGCACCAUAGAGGAGGUGGUCGCAACCAUCCCGGAGGGGAAGCGUCCGCUGGCCAGGAUGACGUCGCUGAAGCGGCGUGGAUCGACCGGCUCGGACAUGUCGGGCGUCUCGUCUCCCGCCGACAGCGAAUCAGAGGAGUACUAUAGCGGCACCUUCUCCGAGUCAGACACGGAGAGCAGUUCCUACUUCACAGCUGGGGAGGAUGAAGAGAACACAGCUCCAGUGUUCCUGAAGAGGAUGCUGCGACAGACAGUCCAGGAGGGGAGCACCACCAGGUUCGAGGUCGUCGUCAUCGGACAACCCAAACCUGCAGUGAUGUGGCUGAGGAACAACUUCCCAAUUAAGGAAUCGGAGGAUUUCCAGUUUCUGCAAGAAGGAAACAUCUACUGUCUGGUGUUGCGGGAGGCGUACCCGGAGGAUGCCGGGCUCUACACCUGCCGAGCCAUCAACUCUGUAGACGUUGUUUCCUGCAGCGCUGAGCUACGCGUCGAGGAAGAGAUGACAGAUAAGGAAGGAGAGCCGAUGGUCCAUCCGGAGUUCCAGCAGAAAAUCUACAUGUGGUGA